AUGCGUGAAUUUCUACUUUGGCUUUCGAUUUUUCUUGGGAUUUAUGGGAAAUCUCUCAAAUCACGAUGUCAUGCCGACGUAGAUCCAACUCAAGUUGGCCGCUGUCUUCGUCCACUUCUUGACAAAUGGGAGACGGUAAAAGAGAUCGAGUCACACGCAACACAGCUACAUUUUCCGAUCAUUUUCUACACAAAGAAAUCCUUGUUGGACUUAUGCUCAAUCUAUUCGGAGAUCGAGGAAGACUGCUUGAUGUUAGAACUGGGGAAAAAAUGCACUGGGGACGAGUUGAUUAUGUAUGCGAAUCUGCAUUUUCGUUUCUGGUGCGGUUCGACGGCGCCAAUUGCACUGCCGAAUUUCAUGUGCAUAUCGGGCUCGGUACUGAAAGCUCGUCAUUGUCAGCGCUAUCUCAUCGGAAUGUCGUCAAUGGGGAAAUUGGAAGAGGAGUGCAAAGGAGUGGCCGAUUUCUAUGACUGUGCGGCGCCAUUCGUGGAAAAGGACUGUGGCCAAGAAGCUCGUUCGAUCUUUACAAUUUCCAUCGUCAGUCAUGGUUGUUUGUUGGCUAACGCAAACUUCGAAAAAGAUAUGGAACUCUUGCGGGAAAUCAACUCCACUGGAAAGUUAACGAUGAAGAAAGCGAAAGAGUUUAUCAAGAAUGAGAUUGUUGGGAAUGCUGAAGAAUUAUCAGAAAAUGAGAAAAUUGAUCCGAAUGCAAAUUGCACAGAGGCGAUGAGUGACAAAGCGAUCAAUUGCUUUUUGCCGAUUACUGACAAGAUCCAAGAUUUCUCGCUGGCAAACGCUGUACCAAUCGGACUUCCGCUGUUCAAUGUUUCAGGAGAUGAGAUCUCUUCUCUAUGUCAAGAAUACGAAGAAGUGAACAAAAAUUGUAUCACGAAAGAGAUCCAAGAGAAUUGCGCAGCUUUAAGGAUUGUAACAUUUGCGGACGAGAUUUUGGGAGCAACGUGUGGAGAAAUGAGAGAACAACCGAAAUUCACGAAAAGAAUCGACUGUAUUUGGAGACAAGUGCUAAAGAAUACGCCUUGUCUUUCCUUUGUUCAAGGGGAAAUCGAUCCGAUCGCUACAACGAGCGCAAAGUGCCGAGGAAUGCCUGAGUUUUUGGAUUGUGUGAUGAGAGACGUGAUUCACUGCGGGAAUGCGGCUUUCGAGUUUUUGAUGGAAAUGGUCGACGGAUUUGGGUGUCCGCUAAAAGAACCGGAUGAGAGUAUUUGGGUGAAUUCUUCAAUCUUCGAGGAGGUGAUCUCGUCAACGACAAGUGCCGAUGAGGGUUUUCCGAUUUUGCGAUCAAAUGAAACGAAAAACUUAAAUCUGUCUUCCGAUGUCCCAUCGAUCGAUCAAAGUUUCACUCCAAUUAUGAGCGAAAUCUUUGAAACCACAACACUGGAAAAUGUUGAUUUCCAAAUGGAUUCAAAUGAAGAUAGAGAUUAUGAAGAUAUCUCAAAGGAGAACCCUGGGAAUAACGAAUAUGAAGAGGAAAAGGAUCGAUUUAAGGGCAUCAAGUUCAAGGACGAAGAGAUCCCAGUUCCACCUUCAUUUGAGGCAAAAUCCACCGAGAGAUUCCUUGCAACAAAUGGAUUGGAAAAUGUCGAGCUGGACAUGCAGCCAGUGACCAUAUUCAAUCCGAAUUGCACGGAAGAGGCAAGGAAUCGCUCUCGAACCUGCAUUGCACCUCUGAUGAAGACGUGGAUCGAGAUUCGGGAACAGAGACCCGAAUUGAAGGAUAUCACCUUUCCGCUCUUCAAAUACACAAGAACUGAACUACUAGAGUUGUGUGAUGGAUACGCGAACACUUUUCUUUGCGCGGGAUUUGAAUCGAUUGAGAGUUGUCUCAAUGAUAAACUGGUCCGUUUCGCGCAAGAUCAUCUUGGUUACAUGUGCAGUCCGAAUAAUAUCGGAAACUUUUUGCGGCAUUAUGAUUGCAUUCUGGAAAUCGAGAUGGGCACACCGAAAUGUCGAGAGUUCAUCAAAGGAACGCUGAGAAAUGAUACGCAUAAAUGUCGUGGGAUAAACGCGUAUCGUUCUUGCCUGAAGGCUCGACUUUUGGAGCAAUGCACACGGGAAGCGAUCCAAGAAUUCGACCAAAGCAUUCUCCAAUUUGGGUGUUCCAUU